AAGAAAAGAAAUUCCGUUACGUCACUCAUGACAACACAGCAACAAGAUGGCGGCUAUGGUUAGGUUGCUGAACGAAACUGAUGCCAUAGUCGAAACAUCGUACGAGAGAAAGAAUAAAGCAGAGAUAGAGAGAUUACAGGAGUUUUCAGCAGCUGUGAGAGUACAAGCAUGGUUCAGAGGAGCUAGAGUCAGAGUUUAUAUGAAACACAUCAACAACUGUGCUACUGAGAUACAGAGAAAAUGGAGGGGUUUCAUGGGCAGAAAUUUCUUCAGGUUGUAUGUAAAGAACUGUGUACUGGUCAUGAAGUUGAACUACUUCAAUUCUCAAGCUACAAAGGUACAGAAAAUGUGGCGAGGAUAUUAUGUGAGGAAGUAUGUGUUCAACUACUACAGUAGGAAGAGAUAUCUGGAGGCUCUUGUCAUCAAGAAUGACAUCAUUAGGAAUGAACUGGAGGAGUAUUCUGAACAACAAGAACAGAACAGAAGACGACAAAAUGAAGCUAAAGAGAAGUUGACUCAGGAGAGACUGGCGAGAAAAUAUCACUAUCUCAUCAGUACACAUGUUAUACCGGGAGUCUUUAACUCACCAUAUCAACCGUACCCUAGUGAGAUGGAGUAUGCCCUUGCCAGUGUGAAACCUCUGAUACACAAGAAAAAGCCAAGUACAGACAAUCCAUAUGACCCAGCAUGGAAGAGUUAUGGGCACGAGCUUCCCAAACCACAACAGCUUCCACCUCUUCAUGGCAAACCUCAAGGUCCAUUCCGUGAGCCAGAGGAUGUUCAGAAGCAAAGGUAUAAAGGCUUCCAGCCGAGUCUGCGUGUAGCCACGUCAUUUACAGCCCUUGAGGAUGCAAGGGAGAAAAUGAAAGCAGAGGAAUGGGUUACAAGACUCAAUGAUGAUACUUUCUUACCUUUCACGAGACGAAGCUACCAGUAUGAUCCACUCUUACAUACAAAAUCCAACUUUGGCCAUCCUCCCUAUGGAACAAAAUAUUUCAGAGAAGAAUUUAUUGACAAACAUAUUACACAUCUGGUGACACCCUUUGAAACUUACUAUAUGCCCUUCAAGACCGUAGUGCCUCCUAUCCCAGUGUUUGAGAAACUCAACGAUACUUACUCCCAGGGACAAGUCUGAUUUCCUUCUUCAUUCGGAUUAUAUAAUGGUUUUAUUUUGUGGUGAUAAUCAAUGGCAAUA